CUGCAACUCUACAUGCGAAAGUCUCAAAGGUACUGAUUAGCACAUUUAUGGUAGAGCUGAGGCACGACCCAGCCAUCCUAGAUGGGUGAAUAGCGCUCAGAGACUGCCGCUACAAUGACUUCAAUCUCCUGCCAUGUUCUCGAUCUGCUCGAGAAGCCCAUAGCUGGACUUCGUGUCACGCUUGAAUGCUUUGGCCCCACUCCAACGGUGUUCGACGGAUGCACUUCAAGCCGCGGCACUGUCGAUUGUUGGUUCUCAUCCGCGAGCCUCUCGAGCUCUCAAGUUGCCGUCGACAGCAGCGCUUAUUCUAUAGGUCGCAUGUCAUUCCACAUUGGAGAGCUUUUCCAAAAUCAGUUCAGUUCCUGGCCACUCGUACAGACAGAGCUCCGUCUGCAAUACGAUUGUCAUCAGUUGGUCACCCUGCGGCACGGCCCAUACAGCUACAACGUCCAGAGCAGUUUCAUACCUAGGAUGGACUGUAGCAAGCUCUUCCACACAGAAGGGCCUGCUGUCAUGACUAGCUGGGGCAUCUGUUCUGACGAUAUCGCCCUCGACCAAGGCGAUCUAGGUCCGAUGAAUUUCAAGGCAAACAAAAAGGAUGUGUUUCUACCGACACUCAGACAAAUACCCUCUUUCGAACGCCUCGAUGAUGAUGUUGAUUGGGACUCCUGGCUCAAUAGCACUUCAUGCAGCUCCCCCCAGGACUCGAUCGACGCCGAAGAUGAGCUGCAGACCUGGAGUGAAGGCACCUGCGCAAAAGCGGAAAUACCACCAAAUGUCAGCAUAAAAAGGUUGGCACGGCCAGAUUCACAGCGACUGCAGCACGGUGAGGGUGGGGUAGGUGCGAAGAACUUGAGAAGAAUUGUCGCAUUCAAAGACUUUCGACCAAAGGACGAUGCAAUGUCGAGGAAGAGGAGGAGGCGGGGGAGCCAAUGGUCAGCUCAUCACCAAUAGAAUGUAGAAUGCAAAAGCACAACACAGAAUGUCUAUGAC